UUUUGAAGGGGUGAAAGCGAAACCUUUUUUUUUUCGUACCGACGGAAAAGUGGCGCACAGAUUUUUCGCCCCAUUUGUUCGCCUGGCAUAUUGGAACAUAACCACCACCGCUUUCCUUUCACACGCGAAAAAAGAGGUUGACGGAAGAUGGGUUGUUUGGGCAACAGCAAGACCGAAGAUCAGCGGAUCGACGAAAAGGCUCAGCGAGAGGCGAAUAAGAAAAUAGAGAAACAGUUACAAAAAGAAAGACAAGCGUAUAAAGCGACACAUCGACUGCUUUUAUUAGGAGCUGGAGAAUCCGGAAAGAGCACUAUUGUCAAGCAGAUGAGAAUUCUGCACGUCAACGGCUUCAACGCAGAUGCGGAAAAGAAGCAAAAAAUCUUGGAUAUUCGGAAAAACGUGAAAGAUGCCAUAGUGACGAUAGUUUCAGCCAUGAGCACUUUAAUUCCACCUGUGCCCCUGGGCAACCCUGAGAAUCAACCCAGAGUGGAGUACAUCAAGAGCAUAGCCCCGCUCUCUGACUUCGAUUACACAGAGGAGUUUUUCGAACAUGCUAAGCACCUAUGGGAUGAUGAGGGAGUGAAGGCUUGCUUCGAGAGAUCUAACGAGUACCAGCUCAUCGACUGUGCACAAUACUUCCUGGACAGAAUUGAUCCUGUACGACAGAAUGACUACACACCAACAGACCAGGAUUUACUGAGGUGCAGAGUUUUGACCUCAGGGAUUUUUGAAACAAGAUUUCAGGUGGACAAAGUGAACUUUCAUAUGUUUGAUGUGGGUGGCCAGAGAGAUGAGAGGAGAAAAUGGAUUCAGUGCUUUAAUGAUGUGACGGCCAUUAUCUUUGUGGCGGCAAGCAGCAGUUAUAAUAUGGUCAUAAGGGAAGACAACAGCACCAACCGACUCCGCGAAUCACUGGACCUGUUCAAGAGUAUCUGGAAUAACAGGUUUCUAAGGACCAUCUCAGUCAUUCUGUUCCUGAAUAAACAGGACAUGCUGGCUGAAAAGAUUCUGGCGGGAAAAUCCAAACUUGAAGAUUACUUCCCUGAAUACGCUCGCUACACCGUGCCCGCUGAAGCGACCCCUGACCCCGGAGAGGACCCAAAAGUGACCCGAGCCAAGUUUUUCAUCCGCGAUGAAUUCCUGAGGAUCAGCACUGCGAGUGGUAAUGAUAAACACUACUGCUACCCCCACUUCACCUGCGCCGUGGACACGGAGAACAUCCGGCGGGUCUUUAACGACUGUAGAGACAUCAUUCAGAGAAUGCACCUUCGCCAGUAUGAACUCUUGUGAUUGGACGAGCGGCCGAUCAGGGCAGCCCAAUCGAAAAGCUCCGUUCCACUCCCAAAAAAAAACCACCCCACAGGGGGACAGUGAGAACUACUGACGAGUGACAAUGCUGUCAUGUUCCACUUUUUUUCUUCCUCUUUUUUUUUUCU